GUUUGGUUUGGUUUGGGAGUUUUGCUAUGGUUUUGCUUCUGAUUCCCGGCUUUGUUGUUCAAACUCAUAAUUUAUUCAAUUAUUUGUAUAAAACGUAAGAUAAAUCGGAUAUCCCUAAUUAGGCUACGUACGGACCACGUCCAAAAUGCCGCGCAAUCCAGCAAUACGGGUGUACAUAGCAGACGGGUUCGCGGAUGACUGCGAGGAACUAGUGCACCGCUGCUCCCGAGUGGACCGCCUCAACUACCCGACAUUCUGCUCGCAUUACACGGGGAUGAACUUCGCUGCGGUGUAUCAAAAUAGAUCAACAAAUGCAGAGAUAGGUGAACUUUCCGAGGAACUACUGCACAUAGCUAAACACUACAUGAUCCGAGAUACAAGCAACUUUGAGGAAUCAGUCGCCGGUCUAUUCCUCGUGUACGCGCUCCAGAACCUUCAGCCCUACCCUCGCUUCGCGGCGCUCCGCCUUGUAUCGGAUGACCUACCCGCCAUCGCGCGUUUCGAGCGCGUGGCGCGGCGCGACAACCGCCUCGACGUGUUGUACGUGUUGGCGAACGUGCUAGUCCGGGGGCCGGUGCAUUUCCAAGCGGCCGCGAGGCCGAGGGGCAUGGAGGCACCAUACAGGAAAAACCUGGAAGGCCUCUGCAACAUCGCCGCCCACGGUGUCCGUCCCAAAGGCGUAUAUUCGCGUCAAAACGAGGAGUUGGACCUUCUGAGAGACAUGAACGGCAUCUUCGAGCGCUACUCUAAGGCUAAAGCGCAGAUACCAGGAUUUCAGAGGCGCGAUGAGGCCGGCAGUAACUUGGCGGUGGAACUCACCGACUCCCUCAAGAGGGUCAUUAAUGGUAUCACAGAUGAUCCAGAAGGGAGCUCCGUGCUGGACCACCACAACACCGUGCAGGAGAUCAAAAAGCGAGCGAUGCGAAACGCUGUAUCUACUGUGAGACAUCUGGACUCUGCCGAGCAGAGACAGAAAAAUUCUACACCGAAAGUUGGACGCAGACAAGAAGGAGAAGUUGCGAAAAGGCUAAAAAGUUCAAGAAAAUCACUGAAAAUAAGAUCAAACUCCUGCAGUUCAUCAGAAGUGGACGAAGAUGAUAAAGACAUAGAAAUUCUAGCAAAAGACGUUAUGAGUCAAGCGAGUUUUAGAGAAAUCAUCAAGGAAAAGGAACCACAGUUAAAUAUAGAUUCUCUCCCGCGUUUACUAACUACAGAGACCGAUGGAAAAUUAUAUGAAAUUGAAAUUAUAGAUGAAAUGAAACGACCUUUACCGGUUUUAAAUAAAAAUGAUGGGAAAAUAGAGAUUGAAAUUAGUGAUCAAAUGAACUCGAGUGAACUAAACAGUGAAAAUGAUGGAAAACUCAUUGAAAUUGAAAUCUUAGAUGAAGUUAAAAAUUCAAGUGAUAUUUCAUCUGAAUCUUCUGAGGCAAAUAAUAGUAAGAUCGAUAUAGAAGUUAUAGAUACUACAAAAGGACAAAUUGGAAAAGUUAAUGAAACAAUUGAAAAACCAAAGAAAAGGGGAAGACCGAAGAAAAACGAGAAAAGCCCAAAGAAUGAAGAGAAAAAAACGAAUGAUGAUAUAUUAUUCAAACAGCCUGUAAGAGUAUCCCCUAGACUUAAGACGGUAUUAAAAAGAGAUCAGAAGAAACCUAUAUUAAAAUCGAAGUUUAAGAAAAUGGGAAUGUUGGAAGUAGCUAAUUUUGCAGAGAAAAAGUAGCGUUUUGAGAAAUAUAUUAAAUUGCUUUCGUAUUUAUUGUACUGGAAGGCAGUAUUAAUAUGUUUUGGGGUUUGACUACUGAUGUGUCGUCGAAAAGUUUCCAUAAUUGCGAAAUUUCAACAUGGAACAUUUUUGUAAAACAUUCACAUUUCUAUACCUAUGGGGUUCGAAAUUUUCCGUUUCUAAAAUGAAAGUUUCCUUAUUUUUUUGUGAAAGUUUCCUGUAAUUUCUGAGAACACUUAACUUUUUGGAAACUUUCGGCAAGUUGCACAUUUGUAGGUUUUACUGUGAUAUUGAUUUACUGUGUUAGUCCUGUGCCCUGUUUAUCAAAAGCUUGUCACUUGUAAGUGGAAGUCCAUUUCCAAUUAAAACCAAAAUAUUGCUUUGCUAAUCCGCGUAAAAGAUAACGUGCUAGUCAAUCAGUGCUAACCCGUUAUACUUAGGUACUUGCGUAUUUUUUACAUGCAAUUAAUCAAUAAGUUUUUGGCAAAAAUUUCGUUUUUGGUACAAGCUUUUAUCGCUGACUGUACUUUUCUUACGACAGACAACUAAUACUCAUCGAGACAAUUCUAAAAACCCAUAACACAAUUAAGUUGCGUUGUUUCAUCACAGAGUUCCUAUGGCCACCUCCUGUCUCCAUCAUCAGAUCAGUUCGAUAGUACCAUAUUAUUGUAUUGUCACCAGAACUACAUACAGCUGCCAAUUUUCAUGACGCUACGAUCCUUGGAAGAUGGUUAAAUUAGUUACCUUAGAUUCCAUUACAUAGUUAGUUACAUACAGGUCGACCU